CCCUGGUUUGCCUGUUUAUUCCAUUUUGUUUGAUUCGUCGGCGACGUCAGCGUUAGCGUCAGCGUUAGCGUCGGCGUCGACUUCGGCGUCGGCGCCAGCGAACAGCUGUUUGUCGUUUUAAUAAACAAACUGUGGCGUUGGGUGAGCUCAGUUCGCAGAAGACAGUUCGUGGAUACACAACGCUAGAGAUUGUCGUGAACGCGUUACAACUGCGCGCUAAACGGGCCGUUCGCCAGAACACAGACCCAAAACAUCAGCAGCUGAAUAUUAAACAAAAUUCCCAAAAAAAGUAUACAAAUACAAGAAAAUACGCAUUUCCAAAUUUUUCAAUAAUUUUUAAAAAUUUAAAGAAAACUUGUUGCCAGCUUUUAUUAGCCGCGUCGUGUGCGUCUUCGAGCCGUUGAACUUUGACAAGAAAAACAUUUAAAAAAAUAAGCAUAAUUUUUAAUAUAUGUACAUUCUAUACUAAAAUUACACUUAUUGUGGGAUAGAACCUGAUUUAAAAACAAAAAAAAAAACAAAACAGAAAUUAAAAAUUAUUUGUUUUGUGUCUGCCAGCGAAAAGUUGUUCGCGUCGUUUUUCUCUUUUGUUGCUCUGUUCGUAAACAAAUUUGUUUGCUGUUUUCCUAAUAACAUACAUAUUAACGACUGCGUGUGUGUAUAAUUGGGUAUAUUUUAAAAUAUUCCAAAGUAUUCAAAGUUACAAAUCAGAAACCCCAAAUGUGAACCAAAUGCAUAGAUAUUUAUUAUUUGCAUAACAACAACUACACUACACAACACAGACACUAGACAGUCAGACAGAUACAUUUUUACAUACACACACGGAACAAAUUGUGAUACACAACAAGCCCAAAGGCCAUCCAACAACAACAGCAGCAACAACCACAAGACGCCCAAAUAGAGUACAAAAGGUGUAUUUACGAAUACAUUCAAUCUACAUCCCGGGAAAAAAAGUAUAAAUCCAAUAAAGGAGCUCAAGAGUCACAACUUCCAAGUCACAAUGGAUUUCGAUCAAAUUCUUGCCAAAUGCGGCGACUUCAAUCGCUAUCAGUUUAUGAUACUCGCACUUUUCGGCUUUAUCAAUAUCAUCGUAUCGAUGCAUUACUUUACGCAAACAGUGAUUAGUUUUGUACCGGAUCAUUGGUGCUAUCAUGAGAAAUUAGUGAAUAUGACAUAUAAGGAGAUCGGCGACAUUUAUGCCAAGUUUGAGAAUCCUUCCUGCACUCGACUCGCGGACAUCAAUGGACCAAAUGUUACCGUCAGCUCGGAAAAAUGCGAGAGAUGGAUUUAUAAUUAUGAUUUCGGCUAUAGAAGCAUGAAUACCGAGCUGAACUGGGUUUGUGACUCAGCGUAUAAGGCACGAAUUGGACAAUCCCUGUUCUUCAUUGGCUCGGUUGUCGGUACUCUGUUCUACGGUCUGCUUUCUGACAAAAUUGGCCGUGUUCCAGCUCUGAUCUUGUCGAAUUUCUGUGGCUUCGCUGGCGAUUUCUCUACGAUCUUUACCAAAAGUGUUGCCACAUUCACACUCUGCCGUUUCAUUUCGGGCCUGGCGGCCGAUACCAACUUUUAUCUCAUGUAUAUUAUAGUGCUCGAAUAUAUACGUCCCAGCAUGCGCACCCUGGGCCUCAAUAUGGCUGUGGGUCUGUUCUAUUGUCUGGGACUGGUGUUUACGCCCUGGCUAGCUGUUUUGGCCGGACAUUGGCAGAUCUAUUUGGCCUGCACAUCGCUGCCCAUACUGUUGGUGGUGCUGUACUAUUUUGUGGUGCAGGAGAGCGCACAGUGGUUGGUGACGCGCAAUGACAUCGAUGGUGCAAUCAUGCGACUGAAGCGAGUUGCACGAUUCAAUGGUCGACACGUGACGCAGGCGGAGUUCGAUGAGUUCCGUCGUCAUUGUCAAAUAACACGUGAGAUGCAAGGAGGCGACGAUAAGAAGCAUGCCACACUUUUGGAUAUGUUCAGGACGCCACGCAUGCGCAAGAACACGCUCAUUCUGUUCUUCAAAUCCAUGGUGAUUACCCUGUGCUAUGACGCCGUAUCGCGUAAUGUGGAGGGAAUGGGCAUUUCGCCAUUUAUUAUGUUCUCCCUAAGCGCCUUGGCCGUGCUGCCCUCCAGUAUCUUGCUGGUGCUUCUUCAGGAUCGCAUUGGGCGCAAGGGAAUGGCAUCCGGCUCGUUGCUAGUGGGCGGAUUAUUCACAGCAGCCGCUGGCAUUGCGAUCGCCUAUCAGCAGCACAAUCACAAUGCGAUUCUCUUGGCCUGUCUCACGAUCGCAGCGAGAUUCGGGGUGGCGAUUUCAUAUGAAUCUGGGUCGCAAUAUGCCACAGAACUGAUACCCACGUGUGUGCGCGGCCAGGGCGUGGCUGCGGUGCAUGUGGCAGGCUUUGCGGCCUCCUUUUUGGCCCCCUACAUCCUUUGGCUGGGCACAUUCUUCAAGGCAGCGCCCUCAAUUAUUUUGGGUGUGCUCUUCUUUGCCGGCUCCUUUGUCUGCCUGCUGUUGCCUGAAACGCUAAACAGGAGUCUUCCCACGACCAUCGAGGAGGGUGAAGUGUUUGGCAAGGGCGAACGCAUGUUUGACUUCCCCUGCCUGCAGCAUCAUGACGAUGAUGAUUCCGACUCCGAGAUGGAGAAAUACAAGCGUAAGCAUUCGCUCAUCGAUGCCAAACAGCAGGUGGAAUCUGGAAAUUAUACAAAACGCAAGCAGUCCUUGAUCGACGCCGAUCGCGAGGAACAGGCCCUGAAUGAUGCCAAGCAUUGAGCCAAUAUGUAAUGCUAAUAAAAUCUAGUUUGUAGUUUAGUUAAACAAUUUUUGCCUAGGCCCCUAAGUGAGCACUUUAACGUUUACAUUAACAAUAACAUCAACAAUAUCCCUAAGUAGCCAUGAGGAUUAUUCAAUUUUGAAUCCAAACUUUAGAUUAUUAUUCCUUGCAAAAAUCUAGCAGCUGUUACCACAUUACAAAAGUGUUUCCACAGCUGUAGAAAUACCUCGUAUAUCUGAUGAUGAUAAAGUUUACAUUUUGUAUGCUCAGCAUCUGCCUAAUGA